GUCACAACGAAACCUUGAAAACCUCACACUCAAUUUCAACUAUUUGACUUCAAUUUUAAUUUUAAAUUUAAAUUUAAACCGAACAAAACAUUAAGCUCAAGCGCUAUGUUUCGCCAAAUAAAUAUUAUGUUUAUUCGCGGUGCGCAGCGGAACUUGUACGAGGCACCACUGUGCUGCAACAAAAACAGUUUACAACAGAACUCAAAAACUAUUGCAGUUUGGUCUCAGAAAAAUAAGCAAAAGACCAUCGCAACAAAAGAGGCGUCUGCCCUUGUGGUUUCAGGCAAGUCUGAGAAUGGAUGCUUCGCCGAGAAACAGCAAAGACGACAACGAACAGAUGUCUACUGGUCCUCAUAACAUUACUGAAUAUAGUCAGACGCCACUCUGGCGCCCAUCUAUACCGUGUGUUCCCAUGCCUUGCCAUCGGGGGCCCCUAGUGCUCCAAAAGGAGGCCUCCAAAGUGGACUCGCAGUUUCCCAAAGAUGACACGAAGCUGAAACUAAACCGCCGUGACUAUUUGCGCCAGAUGUACAAGGAUAACCGAAUGAACCUCAUAGAGAAGAAAGCGGCCACCGAUAUGCAAAUGGACUCAACAAAAUCCACUAAAGAGUUUUUAAAUCCUGCUCGCUUGGAAUUUGUGAAUCUGAAGUGGAAAGAGCGCCAAGAAGAGAUUGAGAAGCGACAGCAGGAGACAGACAAGAAGUACGUCUCCCGAUUCGAGAUGAAUGCGGGCCGAAAGGAGAGAAUUAUAUAACCAGUCGAAAACCCUCUCCUUGACUUGUGCAGAGACACGUUGAGUCCCAGGCUUUUAGCAUUUUCACGUUGAAACAGUUAAUUGUUAAAAUUCAUGCAAUCAUCCGACAAAGAGCCAACAGCAGCAAAUUAUACAU